AUGGCCUCGGAAGAGAGACUGCCUUUACUGGAGGAUGACGAAUCUCUAGAUUUGCCCCGGUAUACGCCAAAGAGUUUGGUGCCACAGUCUCUUGGGCCGUACCCAGAUGGACAGCCAGAACGACUGCCCAUAAGUGGCGGAAGCAGCGUGCUAACACUGUUGGAACAAGAUUCAGUUGUCGCGCUGUUUGUCGUAGCAUUUGACACCCGUUCGGGCAACAUUAUUGAGUGGUGUUUGCCAGAGGAGACUGAUCUUGAUGGUGUGGAGUUUAAAGCAAUGACCAGUGGCUCUCACACACUCAACAGUGACUUUGUAUAUUUUCGUAAAGACAACUUGUUUGGGCUGGCCUGUUUUGAAAACAUGCGGGUAGACAGUGAGAUAGAAAGAGGAGCGCGAAUGAAGUCAGUGGGUAUUUUGUCCCUUUCAUAUACAACCUUAUAUCGUCACAUGCAAUUUCUGGAGACUCAAGUAAGACAUCAGUUAGAAACUCCAGGAAACUAUUCUCAACUGCUUGCAUUUUAUAAUGACCGGAGGGGAAUCCUGCCUUCUGAUGGAACAUCCGAUACACUAAAGGCAUCGUCUCCGAGAUCCACACCUUCUACUCCUAGUCGAGAUUUGCUCCCCGAGAUGAGGAUAACUCACCCAGCUGGGUGCUUCAGUCAGUUUAUCAAGUUCUUUGGAGAACAGAUCUUUGUCUUGUGGAAGUUUGCAUUAUUGCAGCGGAGAAUAAUCUUCUUCUCACCUCCACCAAUAGGAGUGGUAUGUUACAGAGUUUACUGUGCUUGCUGCUUGGCAAAUCAUUCAAUACCUGGGCUGAACAGUAUAGAGUUGAGGCCUCACUUCUAUGUUAAUGUGGCAGACAUUGAAGCUUUGGAAAGUGAAGUUGCUUAUGUUGCUUGUACUACAGAAAAAAUCUUUGAAUCAAAGACCCACCUGUAUGAUAUUUAUGUGGAUAAUCAGAUCGUCAAGGCUGGGUCUCCAGCUAUGAAAGAUUUGUUGAAAGUUACUGAGGGUGACAAGGAAAGGCUUGUAAAACUCAGCAACCUCAGAACUGCUCACAAAUUCUCCACUGAAGAACUUGGACAAGAAACUUACACAAAUGAAGAAGAAAUCAUAACUAGCUUUUUCACUGAGAUGAACGAGCGUUUAUUCCAAACCCUGCUGGACAUCUCCCAGUCACAGGAUCGCCAGUUGACCUCAGAUCAUAUGAAGAGCAUAGGGUUAGACCCAACAGGCGAUCGGGUGUUCCUGAUGGAGCUGGUGGAACACUACGGCAUUGAUGUUGUCUUGAUGGUGGACAAUCCCUGCUGCCCAAAAUAA